UCAAACCUCCCCGAGAAGAAAGGGUGUGUAUUUUGAAGGUUGUAUAUAACAGCAGAAAGUGAUCGCCGGUUAGAGAGGGAGCUUGCUCUGAGGGUAGAGGGUGAGAGGCUGCAGGCGAAAAGCAGAAGAGCUGACGUUACAGGCGUGACUGAGAAGGAGGUACAUAUAACAGCAGCCAGAGACGGACAGCUGAGUUCAGAGGGGUCUUCACGGGACAGGGGACACUACGGUUUGCUCGCUAUAGGUGAAUUCUUACUGCAGCCGCGAACAUGCAGUAUGACAUUUGAAACAGCUGAGCUCUGUCCACCGGUCGGACUCCACUAAGUUAAUUAAUUGAAUUUCCUUGCUGUGCAUAGCUAGGGGAUAUGUAUUUUCUCCCAGUAGCUUAGCUAAUUUGUCUGCGUAGCUAGCUUGCAAAGCUGGAGUUCUCAGACGAACAGCUGCGUUGGAUAAAUGGGCAUCGGAGUGAUGUUUUAUCUGUGAGGCGCUGCUAACUCCGCACCAUCGGCUGCGACUGUAAUGAUCCGUCAUUCCGCUCGGAUUCAUGUGACUUCGGGUUGCCUCGCGCUUGUUUCUUAAGUUAGUCACUCUCCGUGAAUCGAUGAAGAUGAGCCAGGAGAGAGGGUUUCACCAUAAGAGUCACGUAGCUAGCUAAGCUACAACACUCCGCGUUUCCUGCUUUCAAAGGGGCUGCCAGGUGUGCGGCUGCCGCUCUCCGCAUCCCUCAAGCCAGCCAGGUGAAUGCUCCAAAUGGGUGCUUUUCUGCUCCAACACAUGUGUUAACUUGUUAAGUAUAUUUGCUUGUGUACACACUUAGCUAGCUAAUUUGCUGUUGGCUGUCUGUCUGACCGGUUAGCGAGGCAGGUUAAUUUGCUACCAGAGUAGCUCCUUCCACUCCGACGCAGCAUGCCUUCGCGAACGCUUCCCCGCGUAGCCGCCGGCCUCAGGAGCGCGUCCGAGCGGGGACUCUUAGCGCUGUUAAUGCUGAUGUUUCUGGCCGGCUCCGUGCUGCCCCCCGGCGCCGCAAGCUCCCCGGACCUGGCCAACAGGAACUCAAAGGCGGGCCACGACCACUGCCAGCCUUCCCAAGAGCUGCCGGAAGACCGGCACAACGCCACCAAAAAGGCCUUCCCGGUUCUCUCUUUCGAUUACCACCACGUCCAGAAACCAUUCGAGAUCUCGCUAUGGGUCCUGUUGGCUUCGCUGAUGAAACUGGGGUUCCACCUGAUCCCGCGGCUGUCGUCCAUCGUGCCGGAGAGCUGCCUGCUGAUCGUGGUGGGGCUGCUGGUGGGCGGCCUCAUCAAGGUGGUGGGCGAGAAGCCGCCUGUGCUGGACUCCGACCUCUUCUUCCUGUGCCUGCUGCCACCCAUCAUCCUGGACGCCGGCUACUUCCUGCCCAUCCGGCCCUUCACUGAGAACGUGGGCACCAUCCUGAUGUUCGCGGUGGUGGGCACGCUGUGGAACGCCUUCUUCGUGGGCGGCCUGCUGUACGGUGUGUGCCAGAUCAGGGGCACCGACCUGGGCCACGUGGACCUGCUGGCCUGCCUGCUGUUCGGCUCCAUCAUCUCGGCCGUGGACCCGGUGGCGGUGCUGGCGGUGUUCGAGGAGAUCCACAUCAAUGAGCUGCUGCACAUCCUGGUGUUCGGGGAGUCGCUGCUGAACGACGCUGUCACCGUGGUGCUGUACCACCUGUUUGAGGAGUACGCGGGCGUGGGCUCGGUCAGCAUGGUGGACGUUUGUCUCGGGGUGAUCUCCUUCCUGGUGGUGUCCAUCGGGGGCAUCUUGGUGGGCACCAUCUACGGCAUCCUGGCUGCCUUCACCUCCCGCUUCACCUCGCACACCCGCGUCAUCGAGCCCCUCUUCGUCUUCGUCUACAGCUACAUGGCCUACCUGUCGGCCGAGGUGUUCCACCUGUCUGGCAUCAUGGCUCUGAUCGCCUGUGGAGCGGUGAUGCGACCCUACGUGGAGGCCAACAUAUCCCACAAGUCCCACACCACCAUCAAGUAUUUCCUGAAGAUGUGGAGCAGCGUGAGCGAAACCCUCAUCUUCAUCUUCCUCGGCGUCUCCACCGUGGCCGGCGAGCACCGCUGGAACUGGACCUUCGUCAUCGUCACCGUCAUCCUCUGUCUGGUGGCCCGCGUGCUGGGGGUCGUGGGGCUGACCUACAUCAUCAACAAGUUCCGCAUCGUGAAGCUCACCACCAAGGACCAGUUCAUCGUGGCCUACGGAGGCCUGCGCGGGGCCAUCGCAUUCUCCCUGGGCUACCUGCUGAACGAAGUGCAGUUCCCCACCAGAAACAUGUUCCUCACAGCCAUCAUCACUGUCAUCUUCUUCACUGUCUUCGUGCAGGGUAUGACGAUCCGACCACUGGUGGACCUGCUGGCUGUGAAGAAGAAGCAGGAGACUAAGCGCUCCAUCAACGAGGAGAUCCACACGCAGUUCCUGGAUCAUCUGCUGACCGGCAUUGAGGACAUCUGUGGCCACUACGGACAUCACCACUGGAAGGACAAGCUGAAUCGCUUCAAUAAAAAGUAUGUGAAGAAGUGUCUGAUUGCGGGAGAGCGCUCCAAAGAGCCCCAGCUCAUCGCCUUCUACCACAAGAUGGAGAUGAAGCAGGCCAUCGAGCUGGUGGAGAGUGGCGGGGGGGUGAAGAUGCCUUCGGCCAUGCCGUCCACCGUGUCCAUGCAGAACAUCCAGCCCAAGAAGCCCGUGAGCGAUCGGGUGCUGCCACAGAUCAGCAAGGGCAGGGAGGAGGAGAUCCGCAAGAUCCUACGCACCAACCUACAGAGGACCCGGCAGAGGCUGCGUUCCUAUAACAGACACACGCUGGUGGCCGACCCCUACGAGGACGGCUGGAACGAGCUGCUCCUCAAGAGGCAGAAGAUCAUAGAGCUGGAGAAGAAGGUCGGCUCUUUUGAAACUCCCGCCGCUUCCAGGAGCCGAUGGGCAGAGAUGACGAAGAUGAGUAAUUACCUGACGGUUCCGGCCGCCGCCCCAGACUCGCCCACCAUGAGCAGAGCUCGGCUGGCCUCAGAUCCCCAGGCCUACAGCUCCAAGCCGGGCUCAGACAACCUGCCCACCAUCAAGGUGGACCUGGCCUCCCCGCAGUCCCCGGACUCGGUCAACCUGGUGGAUGAGCUGUCCAAGCGGGCGGGGCAGGGCGAGGAGCCGGACGAGGAUGGCGGGCUGGUGAUGAAGGUGCCCUCCUCAGCCUCGGGGAAAGACACCAAGGAGGACCAGAACGGAGCCAAGGACCAGCAGCGUCUGAUGCGCUGUCUGAGCGACCCGGGGCCCAGUGCCGACGAGGAGGAGGAGGACGAGCCCUUCCUCCACUAAAACAGGCACCUCCCACAUGGGCGGAGUAAAGAGGGGAAAGGGCCGUCUCUUUCGCUUUACCCCGCCCCCUCAUUUGCAUUCACUCCCUUUGGGUUGGAAAAAACUGCAACAAGCCAAAACUUAAAAGGAAUGAAACGAACCAAAUCAAAAAA